AUCACAUGUGAAACCCAGCGUGAGCGUGGUGCAGGCUGCAUAGAAGGCCUGAGCUGUUCCGUGUGACUCUGCCUCAUCCCCAGCCUGCUUUCCUGCUUCCUUUUUUUCCCUUUCCAGCAUGGUAAUUUCAGUUGACAAUGCAGUUACUUGUAAUACUUUUUUUUUAAUUGGAUUUUCUUUUUGUAACCUACGGAGUUCCCUUCAUCCAUCUGCUGUGACACAAAUGCCCGUUGCAGAUCAGCCUCCCGCACUGAUUCACGCACUGAUUUACUCCCCCUGCAUAUUUCUCUCAGAAGUAGCUCCCGGUGCUUUCUACUACUAGACUCCAGUUUGGUAAUAGUUUCAGUUCUGUCUCCUCUGAUUCUUCAUUUCUAGAGCAGACAUUACAUUUUAGGAGACUCAGAAGGAUCUCAUUGUAUUUUCCAGUACUCAACUGGCACUUCUAGUACUUCUGAGCACUGUGAAAGCACUGCUUACACUGCUGUGGCUCUUGACACUGUACAGAUAUGUCCUCUUCAGUUGCUGCUUCACUGGGGCUGCUGAACGCUCACCCUGUGGCUGGGCUCUUCACCACACACAUCUCCAGUGCUUUGGUAUUGCAGCUCUCAGAAGAAUCCAGCCAGUGCAAGCUGCCAUGUGGCUUCAUUUUAAUGGAUACUCAGUGCCUUUCUGGAUCAGUCCUCCACCUUACACAGUGGCACCUCUCCCCUGGCCUGCCUCAACGCCAUGCUCCAUUCCAAUUCCAGGGGAGGCGAUGGGCUCUUCUACAAACUGCCUGGACGGAUCAGCCUGUUCACCCUGAAGAAGGAUGCCCUGCAGUGGUCUCGGAACCUGUCUGUGCCAGAAGGGGAUGAACUGGAGGAUACAGCAGAUGCAGAAAGCUGCGAGUCCAAUGAAACAAGCACUGUGAGUGGUGACAAUGAUGUGUCCCUUGAUGAAACCUCCUCCAACGCCUCCUGUUCCACCGAAUCUCAGAGCAAGGGACCCUCUACUGCCAGGGAGAGCAACAGAACAGCCUCACAGACAACCAAACAAAAGAGAAAGACAGGUGUCAUGUUGCCACGUGUUGUCUUAACGCCACUGAAAGUAAAUGGGGCACACAUGGAGUCUGCAUCUGGCUUCACAGGAAGGCAUGCUGAUGGGGAGAGCAGCAGCACAUCCAGCAGCAGCAGCAGCUCUUUGGCUCUGUGCAGUGCCACCUUGCGCAGCCGGACAGAAAUAAACAGGGAUCCUCCACAGCUGCUCAGAGGAAUCCGAAAGCCCACAGCUGGGCAAAUGAAACGAAACAGGGGUGAGGAUAUUGACUUUGAAACGCCUGGUUCCAUUCUUGUCAACACAAACCUGCGGGCUCUGAUAAACUCCAGGACCUUUAAUGCACUCCCAUCGCACUUCCAGCAGCAGCUGCUUUACCUCCUUCCAGAAGUCGAUAGGCAGGUUGGGGCUGAUGGGCUGAUGCGUCUCAGUGGCAGCGCUCUGAAUAAUGAAUUCUUCACCCAUGCUGCUCAGAGCUGGAGGGAACGCCUGGCUGACGGUGAAUUCACACAUGAAAUGCAAGUUCGAAUUCGGCAGGAGAUGGAGAAGGAGAAGAGAGUGGAGCAGUGGAAGGAGAAGUUCUUUGAGGACUACUAUGGACAAAAGUUGGGCUUGACCCAAGAAGAAUCCCAGGAGCAGAAUUUGGUGCAAGAAGAUGCCGAGAACAGGACAGCUCUGUCUGUGAAAGGAGAAAGCAGGCUGCCACGCGGUCCCUCCACGCGGCAGAGGGAUGGGCACUUCAAGAAGCGCUCCAGGGCCGACCUGCGCUGCAGAGCCAGGAGGAGCCUGUACAAAUUGCGUGAUUCUGAGCAAAAAGAGGCUUCCAAAGACACUGCUUCUGUGGGACCGGAUUCCUCUCUUCAUAAAGACACAAAGUCUGAGGUGGACCAGAAGAAAGAUGACCUGACAAGUGCUUCUGCUGCAGUGCUGAAGCCAGAGAACUCAGAAUCGCAUCUCUCUCCAGAGACUUCCAAACUGCACAGUAAAUCGGAAGAUCUGUCAUUGGCAGCUGCAAACAGGAUUCCCUGUUUGUCCCAGGAGAGCCCUGCUCGGGAACCAAAGGACCAGAAGAGGAAAUGCUUUGAGGAGGCUGCCUCUGCCUCCUUCCCCGAAAAGAAGCCCCGGCUUGAAGAUCGUCAGUCCUUUCGUAACACAAUUGAAAGUGUUCACUCAGAAAAGCCACAACCUACUAAAGAGGAGCCAAAAGUCCCACCCAUCCGGAUUCAACUUUCACGUAUUAAACCACCCUGGGUGGUUAAAGGUCAGCCAGCUUACCAGAUAUGCCCCAGGAUCAUCCCCAACACGGAGCCCUCCGCCCGGGGCAGGAGCGGGGCCAGAACUCUCGCAGACAUUAAGGCCCGUGCUCUGCAGGCCCGAGCCCAGCGAGAAGCUGCUGCCGCCGCCAUUGGUGGUGGGGGCGGCCCCGGCGGAGGGAGAAACUCUGAGGGGGGUGGAGGAGAACGCAGCAGCCAUCGCAGACGCAGAAGAUCAAAGAGAGCUCGGCGAAAGCGCUCGUCAGAUCUACAGCGAACACAACUACUCUCGGCUCUCCGUCUGAACGGAGGGAAGGCCAGCUCCGAGGCGGCCGCGCAGGCAGCCAGCACAAAUUCCUUUGCCUCCUCGAAACAAGACUCCUUUUCUUCCAAGGCUGAGGGAAGCGCUGUUCUGCAGUGCGCCGCGGGCGCUGGCUCAGGGGAAGCUCAGUCCGGCGAUGGCUCACCCGGAGGGCAGCGCUGUGAUGCUCUGACGGCGUCGGCAUUGGACAGCACGGCUUUGGAGAGGCCACAGGAGAGCCCCCAGCAGCUCUUCUGCGAUGCCAGGACUGAAUCCUCAUCACGUGCUGCGUCGCAGGAGGGGCAGAGCACAGAGGUGACACACGUGGUUCCUCCCGCAGUUGAUCUGUCGUGUGCCCAGGCGCAGGGAGCUGAGAUGGGUCCUGCAGGAGGCAGGGUUGUGUCAGAACUCAGAGAUGUUGGUAUUCCCGCUGUACAUCCUUCUGAUGUAAAGGAGAAUUCCACCGGUCAUCCUGCUCUUCUGCCAGAAUUGCCAUCAGGUGGUAAAGAAUGCCACGAGCAGAACAUGAUAUCAAGAUUUAGAUUUAAUGGCUCUGAAACAACGUUAGUGGAACAGUGCGUGAAAAAUUAUAGUGGUGACUCCAAAAUAGUGACUGCUGGAGCACAGGAAGGAGUGCCUGCACUGUGCAACUUCACACACCUGCAGGCAGGGAGAGAGAGUGAUGGCAAACUGAGCAAUGAGGAACAGAAUGCGGAAUCUCUGUUGAAAUCCUCUUUAUGUGAUGGCUUUGUUUCUCAGAGUAGGAUAGAUACCUCUGAAAAACUGAGGGAGAGGUGCCCUGGAACAGACUCAGAAGACGAGUGCCAGCCGUUGAGGGAGACUGGAGAGUUCAAGGCAAACGGAGAUGAUGAAGUACAGAGUACACACAGUGAAUCAACAGAUACUGCUUCGGAUUUUGAAGCUGACGUGGUUGAUGAGAAUGUGGAGAUGGAGAUGUGUUACAGAAACCUCAGCUGCAGGGAGGGAGCUAGGAAGGGCUCCUUCUGUCAGAGCAGCACUGAGGAAUGUGAUAAAAUUAGUUCAAAAUCAUCUCUGGAAGCAGGUGAUGUGCCCUGCCGUGUGGACUUCUCUUCAGUGGCCACAGUGAGCACUGCAGCUCCACCUCAGAGGUGGGGACUGCAUGCACCAUUGCCCCCAAAGCCCGAGAGGCCAUCAGGUUCUGCUCAGUCCGUGUCCUCUGAUGCCAGCAGCCCUUUGGUGAAGCAGCUGCUUAAGGGGAACCGUCUGCUGGAAGAGGUUCUCCCCGGGUCUCACGCCAACAUCGAGGUGGAAGGCGCGCAGCCGCCUCUAGACAAGCAGUCAGAAAGCCUCCCCGUGCCGAUGGAGAGAGGGGGCGAUUGCUAUUUUGGUAAAGAAUCUUGCCCAGAUGUGCAGAUAAAGACGAGUGCCCUAACCAGGAGCGAUGAGUUCCACCCGGUGAGAUCUUCUGUAGAUCCCCAGGAGAAGACACGUGGGUCAGGAGCAGCAUUGCCUGGAGUGGAGGGUAUGGAGAAUCAGCCCGUUCCAGAAAAACAUUCCAAAAUUGGCUUAACCUUAAGCUGCCAAGACCAACUGGCAAAUGUGGCAAGUGCCUCUCAGAAGCCUGAAGACAUGAGCCCUCGGGAAAGAACGUUUUCUUCCUGUAGCUUUGAAGAGCAAAAAGAAUUGGCUAAGGUCCAUCGGGUGCCACAGCAUAACCCAUUAACAAAUGUCGUCACAAAGCAAAGUCCUGAGAAGCCAAACCUGCCUCCAGAGCCUCCGUUUUUAUCUCCAAAUGUAGAUUCUCUUGGCCCAAAUCAGAUGGGGAAUGCAUCUGUCAAUCAAAAGUAUGUUGGAGUUCAAGGCAAAAAGCUCUUCGGUUCUGGUUUUCCUUGCAACCCCAGCGUUAGGCUGCAUCACUCAAGGGCUUCAGAUCAGGUGUCAGCCAUGGGAGCCUUGGCCCCCAGCAAACAGAUUUCUGUGACCAAAAGCUGUGCAGAAGGAAUGCCGGCUGCAAGGGAAGAGUGGACUUCGAAGCAGCACGGGAACAACACCCUGGGAGGAACAAAAAGUGAGAACGUGUUGGCGUGUGGCAGCCCAACCAAGAGCAGCGGGGAGAGGCAGAAGGAUGCAGCACCAAACCCUGCGGAGCUGAGGGAGCAUUCGCAGAGCGUUCCUGUGGCGAUGGACUUGCCGUUCCUGAAGCUUUCAAGGGAAGCAGGAAAAAGACACAAUCACCCUUUGGAGCCUUCCUCCAUACCCUCUCAGUUCAAUAUCAAGCAAGCGUUUUAUGGGAAGCUUUCUAAGCUGCAGCUGAAUUCCACCAGCUUUAAUUAUUCAUCCAGCGCUCCAGCUUUUCCCAGAAGCCUCGCUGGAAGCAUGGUGCAGCUCAGCCACAAAGCGAACUUUGCUGCAAACCACAACACGUCCCUUUCCGUGCAGAUGUUUGCCGACAGCAGCAGCGUUGAAGAAAUAUCCUUCAAGUGUUCGUGCAGCCUUAAAGCCAUGAUCAUGUGUAAAGGCUGCGGGGCGUUUUGUCACGAUGACUGUAUAGGACCCUCUAAGCUCUGUGUAUUGUGCCUUGUGGUGAGAUAAUAAAUUAUGGCCAUGGGACAGGUUGUAUAUUCAGUGUGCGUAUUUUGAUAACGGCUGAUCCUAAACCUGUACACAGGAUACGGUUCUGUUUAUAGUAGAAAUGCUAUCAUACUUCGUUUCGGUGAGGAAAGUUGACUCGCCUCCCCACUGAAAUCGACAGUGCAAAACCCUUCCUUGCUCACGAUGACACUCCGAUUUCUGUGGGCUGUGCCCCACCGGAGCCAAUCCUUCUGCUUUGUGCUAUCGUGGACGUGCUGGCUGUGCCCUGGGAUGUGUGUGAAGCUGACACCUGGCUGGGAGGCAGUUUGCUGUGGCAUCCGUGGACCCUCCGGAGAGGAGACCUCUACAUCCAAAGGAACUGGAACAGGGUGCGUUCUAUUUCAGGGCUGCUCUAGGUUAGCCCCUACAGUCUUCCACUCUCCCCUUCUGCCAUCUCCGAGGUCGGUUGUGUGCUGAGCACAGCAGUGCAGGCAGGACGCAGGUGCCUCCGCGUGGUCUCCGGUGCCAAGGUUGGACGCGGUGAGCAGCGAAGCGCUCUGCGGUUGGAGCUGCAAGAAGAAUAGGCAGCACGUGGCAAGGGAAAACGGCUCCUGCCUGCAGGAUGUGCGGGGCUUUGGGUUGCCCAGCUGAACUCUGGCACCAGCUGAAGGCUGAGGCUGCUGCAGCCUCCUUGUAGCACGCGUCCGUGCAGGAAGGCUCUGAGAAGCGCAGUGCGUGGCCAGCAGCCGUCUGUGCAUUGCAGCCCUGCAGUGAGGACCUGACUGUGACAGCAUCUGACCACUUGCAAGUGUCUAGCUGUGCAUCUGUGUGACGAUCAUCUUAACAUUUAAAGCAGUGUUUUUUCAUUAUUAUUAUUAUUUUUUUUAAUAUAUAUUUUCAUUCUUGGAUGUAUAAAGUGAAUUAUUUGGCUCCUGUAAGUAUCCUCUAUGCAUCUGUUUGAUCAUGUAUUUAUAUGUUGUACACAGUACUGGCCAACUCUGUAAAUGGAUGUAAUGUACAUAGUACAUAAAGGGUUCUUUUUUCCUUGGAUUUUUCGGGCUCUCCAGCAGUAUUGCAUUAAAGUGGUGGUAGUUGUUAAUCUGCAUCUGUAGUCAGAGCAGCUGUGUUCUGUCUCGCCCAAGGUGAGGCUCUGCCCGCCGUGCCCAGGGCUCCGUGCUUCACUCCUGGACCUCGUGCAGCUGCUGCUGUUGCUGUGUCUCCCGGUGGUGCACGAAGGUGGAUGUCCUCACACCUCUGGUGGCUGACAGCAGAACAGCUCCUCUUCCUCCGGAGCAACUCCCGAGCGCGAAUUGCUUCAGUGGGAGCAGAACUCAGACGUUCCUUAAGAAGACAGUAGAAGGAAUAGGAUUCUUUUUAGUACUUUUUUUCUGCUUGUACCUUUUCUAGCUCUCUCCUACCUCCCUUGACUGUGCACUUUUUUUUUUUCUUUUUUCUUUUUUUUUUUUUUAUUAUUUUUAUUUUCUAAUGGAAACGCGACCCUGAGGGCUGCCCCAGGUUUGGCCUCUGCAGGGCUCAUCCUUCACACACCUGCAGGGAGAGGGGCGACCGCCUGGGCUCGGAGCGGAGGAGCGCGAACCAAAGAGAGCAGCGCGGUGGGCUCUGCUGCUGGGGGCCCUGGGCUGCGCCGAGCCGCCUGGUGUACGUCCCUUGUGUUGGAACAAUAAACACUCUCUACAAGCUGUGUCUGUGCUUGCAGUGCUCCUUUCCUCAAAUCGCUCUCUGUGGCGACGUCGCUUUUUCUUUCCUCUUUUUUGAAGCGGGAGCUUGGCUCAGGGGAUGGGGAAGGGGAGCUGUUUGUUGUCUCAGCUUCACCCCGUCGUUUUCUUUGCACCCUUGCAGACAACCAGAGGCCGUGCGCCCACCCCGGGGAGGCGAUGCUGCGAAGCUCAGAGCGGUGCAGGCACUGCUGAGCCCACAGGGGCCAUCUCUGAGCAGAGCUGCUCCGUGCCCGGCUCUGACACAUUUGCAAAAGCUUGACGACGACACCAGUUACACCGAGUUGUUUUUAAUUGGCUACCAAUCCAUUUAUUGCAAUAUUUUUUAUUUUUUUUCCAGGCAGGAAACACUUUGGAAAGGAAUAAUGCAAAUGGUGAUGUUCUGUGUCUCAGUCCUGGCCUCGGUGCGUCGAUGUGCCGUGUGUGGUGAGCUCACGUGUCGGGGGUUGGGGGAUGCAAGGAGGGAAGCCCACGGCUGCACAGCGCCUGCCCUGGGUGCUGCCUCACCAUUCAUGCUGAACUGAUGCUCUGCUGCCUGCUAGGGGUCUGCAAGCACCACUCCAGGUCUUUGCAAUCACCAAGCAGGGUCGUUGCUUAGGUGAGCUCCGAUGCUGUUAAAUAAUUGGAAGUCUGGGCUGUUAUGGGAACCCCAGGCCGGGCCUCGUGUGUGUGCUGUGAAACCUCAGCUGUGUGUGUGUGUGAACUGCAGUCACUGCACGAGGGCCUCCUGCUGCAGCCAGGGACAGGGCAGGUCUGGAGGUUCUACCCGCAUAGUGCUUGGAGAAAGGCGUUUUGGGGGUGCAAAGGUUUGUUGUACUCAGUGAAUAAAGCUGAUAAUGAAAAAUCAGGAGAUGGAGAGCUUUCCCCCCAAACCUUGAUGAAAGCUUCAUAGUUUCCCAACAAAACAAAAACAGAAAUAAAACCAGAUGUCACAAAAUGAAUUUUGCCAGCAGAGAAGUUGAGGUCUGCGCUGCUCCCCGUGUGCCAGCGCUGCUCUGUUCCCCAUGGGCGGCACAGCCUCCAUGGCAGCUCUCUGCAGUGGCUUUGGCCAUUUUCUCUCUUUUCCAAAGACCCCAAUUCGAGGCUGUUGGGAGCUGAGCUCCCUGGGGUGAGAGCGGAGCAGGGAGCCCUUCUGUUAUACAGUGUUUAUUGAGCAAAUUCAGUCUUAUAUAUGAUAUACAGAUUCCAAAGGAAAAAAAAAAAAUAAAAAGGAUUCCACAUACGUAUGAAA